AUGGAAGGGCCUCUUGAGAGUGGGGAUGUACCCCCAGACUCCCAGGGCCUUGCUGCAGACGGGAGGUUUGCUGUGUGCGGUUUCGGGAACACCCAGGAGGAGGAGGAACCUGCUCACCAGAUCCAGUCUAUGGACCCCAGACCUUCAACACCAACAGGGGAAACCCGAGGCAGAGGGCUCCAGGGAGGCUCCUUGUCCGAGAAGCCUAAAUCUCUUCCAGAGCAAAGGGCUGCAGAUGGGUCAGGGGACUGCCAGAGGAACGUAUUAGGAGGCCUUCCAGCCCAGUCAGAGGAGCCAUCCUUGUCUGGAGUGGAAAACCUCCUGUAUCCUGUGUGCUCUCACGUCAGCCUGACACAGGGUGAGAAUGACAGCCAAGGGGGAGGCUCGAUAGGGGACCCAGGGCCAGGCAAAGAGCUGCCAGCUGUCGUUAGCCCUUUGUCAGAGAUGCCAUCAAAGCUACUGGAGGCAGACCCUCAUGGAUCCAGCUUCCCUCAGCCUGCUGACUGCCUCCUAGCUCAAGACCUCACCUGGGAGUUGCUGGCCAGCGGCAUGGCUGCCCUACCAGGGACACGUGAUGUAGAAGGCCGAGCAGUGUUGCUUCUCUGUGCCCACAGUCCAGCUUGGCUUCACCCCAAGUGCAAUAGCCGUGAGCUUCUGAGCCUUUUGUUCUACCUGCGAGGCAUCCCCAGGUCCGAAGUCCAGGCCCUGGGACUGACCAUACUAGUUGACGCCCGAAUUUGUUCCCCGAGCCCUUCUCUCCUCUGGGGCCUCAGCCAGCUACAACAAGCAGCCCCAGGAGCUGUGCAGCAAGUGCUGCUGGUUGGAAAGAUGCCAGAGGAAAUGCCUCCAGCACUUCAGUUCAAGCAGCUGUCUUCUCAUCAGAGCUUACUGGACCACAUUCCUAACAUGGGGCUGCCUGCUUCACUGGGAGGAUGCCUGCCUUACAGCCACCAAGCCUGGCUGAAUUUCCGGAUGUGCCUGGAAACCCUACAGCAGAAAUGCCAGGAGACUUGUGCCCUGCUCCAGGGGGUCAUUGACAGUAUGAAGGCUCUACGGCAACCAAUGGCGUCUGGAGAAGUUGCCCAGCUGCUACAGCAGGCACGUUCCCUCAUGCAGCGGGUGUUAGAUUCACCACAGUUAUCAUGGCUGCAAAGCCAGGGAAGCCUGGAGCUGGCACAGCUGAAGCAAGGGAUGCCGGAGGUGAUCCUGAGCCCUGAUUACAGGUCUUCAGUAGACAAGGCUGAUGAGCUGUACGGUGAAGUGGAUGAACUCUUGCAUCAGCUAACUCUGCAGAGCAACCAGCGAGUGCAGGCUCUAGAGCUCCUCCAAAUGCUGGAAGCCCAGGAGGGCGGGCUGCACCAGAUUGAGGUGUGGCUAGAAGAGGUGGGCUGGCCAGGACUGGUGGAACCAGGGGAGCCCUCGCUGGACAUGUUGCUUCAGGCCCAAGGCCCUUUUCAAGAGCUUGACCAGAUUGCCCAGGAACAGGUCAAGCAAGGGGAGAAGUUACUGCAGCCAUUGGCUGACUGCGAAGCUGCUGAACUGGGACCUCUUGGAAAGCGCUUUCUAACCCUGAGAUCCCAGCUGACAGAAUUUUCCAGAGCUUUGACCCAGAGGCGCCAGCGAUUGGCAGAUGCCGAGAAGCUGUUUCAGUUCUUCAAGCAGGCCACAACAUGGAUUGAGGAGGGGCAGCGGGUACUGACAGAGCUGGAGCAGGAGCACCCAGAGGUUGUGCUGCAGCGGCUGCAGCUGCACUGGACCAGACAUCCUGACUUGCCUCCUGCUCACUUCCGGAAAAUGUGGGCUCUUGCCACAGGCCUAGGCUCAGAAGUCAUCCGCCAGGAGUGUCGCUGGGCCUGGGCACAGUGUCAGGACACCUGGCUGGCUCUGGAUCAGAAGCUUGAGGCAGCACUAAAGCCACCAUCAGUAAACAGCACAGCUACCUUGCGUGUCAGGCGGGCCCCUGCUAGACCCACCAUUCCUCCACUGAGGAAGGCGUACAGCUUUGAUCGGAAUCUGGGGCAGCAUCUUGGUGUUGCUGUCCAUUAUGGCCACUAUGCAACAACGGUUUCUGACUCCCACAGACCUGAGGCUGGAGGUGGUGUCCGGCCCAGGUCAUCCCCUCCUGUGCCUCUGUCAAGCAGUUCUGACUUCAGGAAUCCCAACAGGCUGCAGCUAGUAUUGGCGGAGAUGGUGGCCACAGAGCGUGAGUAUGUCCGGGCCCUCGACUAUACCAUGCAGAACUACUUCCCUGAGCUAGAUCGACCUGAUGUACCCCAGGGCCUCCGUGGCCAGCGUGCACACCUCUUUGGCAACCUUGAGAAGCUUCGGGAUUUCCACUAUCAUUUUUUCCUGCGUGAGCUAGAGGCUUGCACCCGGCACCCACCUCGAGUGGCUUAUGCCUUCCUGCGUCAUAGGGUGCAGUUUGGGAUGUACGCACUCUACAGCAAGAAUAAACCUCGUUCUGAUGCCCUGAUGAGCAGCUAUGGUCACACCUUCUUCAAGGAAAAGCAGCAAGCACUGGGAGACCACCUGGAUUUGGCUUCCUACCUAUUAAAGCCCAUUCAGCGCAUGAGCAAAUAUGCCUUACUACUGCAGGAGCUAGCAAGGGCCUGUGGGGGCCCCGCACAAGAGCUGGGUGCCCUUCAGGCAGCUCAGAGCCUUGUGCACUUCCAACUGAGACAUGGCAAUGACCUGCUAGCCAUGGAUGCCAUCCAAGGCUGUGACGUUAACCUCAAGGAACAGGGGCAGUUGGUGCGACAGGAUGAGUUCACAGUGCGGGCUGGGCGCCAUAAGGCCUGUCGUCGUGUUUUUCUCUUUGAGGAGCUGCUGCUCUUCAGCAAGCCUCGUCGUGGGCCUGCAGGUGUUGACAUAUUUACCUACAAGCGUUCCUUCAAAAUGGCCGACCUUGGCCUCACUGAAUGCUGUGGGGAAAGCAAGCUGCGCUUUGAGAUAUGGUUCCGUCGUCGCAAGGCCAGGGACCUGUUUGUGCUGCAGGCCUCUGACGUGGCCACCAAACAAGCCUGGACGGCUGAUAUCUCCCGCCUGCUCUGGAGGCAGGCUGUCCACAACAAGGAGGUGCGCAUGGCUGAGAUGGCAUCCAUGGGUGUGGGGAACAAGGCCUUCUGGGACAUUGCCCCCAGUGAGGAAGCUAUCAGUGACCGCAACAUCGACUAUGUCCUAAAGAGACAAGGUGUUCGCUCUAGGGCCUCCAUUGCCGUGGCUCCAUUUGAGUAUGACAACCCCUAUAUGGGUGCCUUGAGCUCCCUUCCUGGAGACCGUGCCUCUUGUUCUGUUGUGGGGUCUCUCAAUCUGCACCUGUACAGAGAUCCCGCUCUUCUGGGUGUUCCCUGGUGCCUGUAUCCACCCAACUUCCCAGAGGAAGCAGCGCUGGAAGCUGAGGCAGAGUUGGGCAGCUACCCCUCUCUAACUCCUGAGGACUCAGAGGUCUCAUCCCAGUGCCCGUCAGCCAGUGGCUCUAGUGGUUCUGACAGCAGCUGUGUGUCAGGACAGACCCUGACCAGAGGCCUUGAGGACUUGUCCUGUCCUCUUGUUUUUGGUCAUCUGGACUUGAUGCUCUCUGAACAGCUUUCAGUUAGACUUAUCUACUGA